UCCUCCUCGAAGCUCUGUCACUGCUGGCUAUGACUGUUACUUGUUAGGAGCGGGGCUAUGAAAGUCAGCCCGGAGUGUGCUCCGAAGUGAGGAUAGAGCUGGCAGGGAUGGGGCAGGACAAGAUACCCACGUCUUCCCGGACAUUGCAGCUCUUCCAGCAUCAGGGAGCGCUGGAGCUGCUGGUCUUCAACUUUCUACUCAUCCUCACUAUCCUCACCAUCUGGCUCUUUAAGAACAGACGCUUCAGGUUCCUGCACGAGACUGGAGGGGCCAUGGUGUAUGGUUUGGUAAUGGGAUUAAUAAUACGCUAUGCAACAAAAUCCUAUGAAAAGGAGAAUGGCGCUGUGUAUGACUGCGAGAGCCUGAAGAGCAUUCCUUCAAUGCUGCUUAUUAAUGUCACAGACCAUGUCUACCAGUAUGAAUACCGGGGGGAGAUCAACAAGAACAAUGUUAACAAUGACCAGGGUAAUGCUAUGCUGCAGAAGAUGACCUUUGAUCCUGAGGUUUUCUUCAAUGUACUCCUGCCUCCAAUAAUCUUCCAUGCUGGAUACAGUUUAAAGAAGAGACACUUCUUUCGCAAUCUGGGAACUAUAAUAACAUAUGCAUUUUUGGGGACUGCCAUCUCCUGCAUUAUGAUAGGGUUGAUAAUGUAUGGCUUUGUUAAAGCCAUGAUUCAUCUGGGACAAAUACAGACUGGCGACUUUCACUUCACCGACUGUUUAUUUUUUGGCUCUUUGAUGUCUGCAACGGAUCCAGUGACAGUGUUGGCUAUAUUCCAUGAGCUGAAUGUGGAUACUGAUCUGUACACCUUACUAUUUGGAGAGAGCGUUCUGAAUGAUGCAGUUGCCAUUGUCCUCACUUAUUCGAUAUUAAUUUACAGCCCAAAAGAGAACCCGAAUGCUUUUGAUGCAGCUGCUUUCUUCCAAUGUGUCGGCAAUUUCCUGGGAAUCUUUGCAGGCUCAUUUGCUAUGGGCUCUGCUUAUGCAGUUGUUACUGCUUUGUUGACAAAAUUUACCAAGUUGUGUGAGUUUCCUAUGCUGGAAACAGGACUAUUUUUCCUACUUUCAUGGAGUGCCUUCCUAUCUGCAGAAGCUGUGGGGCUAACAGGUAUUGUGGCUGUCCUGUUUUGCGGAGUCACCCAAGCACAUUACACCUAUAACAACCUUUCUGAAGAGUCCAAGAUGAGAACUAAACAGCUGUUUGAAUUCAUGAACUUCUUGGCAGAGAACUUCAUCUUCUGUUACAUGGGGCUGGCUCUGUUUACCUUCCAGAAUCACAUUUUUAAUGCUCUCUUUAUAUGUGGAGCAUUUGUAUCAAUUUUUGUAGCAAGGGCAUGCAACAUAUACCCUCUUACUUUUUUCUUAAACUUGGGUCGGAGGAAGAAAAUUCCCUGGAAUUUUCAACACAUGAUGAUGUUUUCAGGUUUACGUGGAGCAAUUGCCUUUGCUCUAGCAAUUCGAGAUACAGAGACUCAGCCCAAGCAAAUGAUGUUUACCACAACACUGUUGGUUGUCUUCUUUACAGUGUGGGUAUUUGGAGGGGGGACCACGCCAAUGCUCACAUGGCUACAGAUCAGGGUUGGUGUUGACCCAGACCUGGACGUGAAGGAACAUUCUGCAGAUCAGAGGCCAGGAAACCAGAAUGAAAGUUCAACAAAGGCAGAGAGUGCCCACCUCUUCAGACUGUGGUAUGGUUUUGAUCACAAAUACCUCAAGCCAAUACUAACACAUAGUGGACCUCCUUUGACAAGCACAUUGCCUCAGUGGUGCCAUUCCAUAGCUCAAGUUCUGACCAGUCCAAAGGCGUAUGCAGAAGGACUAAAAGAAGAGGAUACGGACUGCAUCGUUAACCAUGAUGAACUGACAGCAGCGUAUGAAGAUACAUCAUCAUCCAGUAUGCCUCACUUUGCAGAGCAGGGAAAAGAACAGCCAAGUCCUGCAGAGAGCAGAGAUAAUGUACAGGAUGUGGACCUCGGACUUGGGGGAUUUGAAUUUUCACAGGAUCGAAGGUCUAAGCAAGCUCAGAUAGACUUCCCAGUGGGGAACAUACAGAUCUAAUGUGUAGUAUUAAAGGAAACCUGCUCUGAGCAGUUUGUUAAAGCAGAACUCCAGGCUUAGACAGUAAAACAAAUGAAUUGGAAACAACCCAAAAACAAAUGUAAUUACAUAUAUAAUUCUAUUAACUUUACAUGUAUCUAUUGUCCCAGCUGAAUGAUCUACAAAUUAGAAGUGCAGGUAACCCAACACAUGAUUGACAUCUGUCAAUAAACACAUCUACAAUUCGAA